GGGCGGGUGUGAGCGUGGUGAGUCGGGGAAUAGAGCUCGGAACUGAAAGGUGUGUUUUGUCGGCUGUGAGGCCGGCCGGGCUGGUGGUGAUCUACGGACAGAUCAAGUGGCGACGAGGCUGAGACCGUUCUCGCCUUGCCUGUGACCGGUGGUGGAACCACCAUGGCGUCGGCCCUUAUCGGGAGCGUCGGUGAGUACGGCGACGACGGCUCGGACUUUAACGAGUACCUAGAGCGUUUUGAGCAGUUUUUGGCUGCUAAUGCGAUCUCGUCAGCGACAAGGAAACGUGCGGUGUUUCUGAGCGUCUGUGGUCCCAAAGUGUAUUCAACUCUGCGCAGCAUUUUCGCGCCUGAUCUGCCAGCCACGAAAACUUUCGAAGAGUUGGCGGAGGCAGCGCAGCGGCAUUUCGCUCCGAGACCGGCUAUAAUUGUGUCACGGUACCGGUUCAACCGUACCACGCAGCAAGCCGGACAAACAGUUGGAGCGUUUUUGGCAGAGCUGCGGCGCAUUGCCAGAGACUGUGCCUACGGAGACCGCCUAACUGAGCAGCUUCGGGACCGGUUCGUGUGUGGGAUAAGUAACCCGGGAAUGCUGAAGCGGCUACUGCAGGAAGGUGACAAUCUGUCGCUCGAACUGGCUGUCAAGAUAGCGACUGCGAUGGAGACAGCAGCCGCUGACCUGCAGGAUAUCGCCUCAUCGGCAGCCCCGCUGGCAGGCACAGCAGUGACCGGCCCGGACCCGCUGCACGCAGUCUCCGCUGUCGCGCCUGCCGCUGCCGCGGGGCCAGCCGCGGGAGGGCUGAGGCGACGACCCCGCGCAUUUCAUACACGCACACGCCGGCCGGCCGAGACGGCGGCCAGUGCUGGCAGCUUGCCAAGUGAUUCAGCCGGUGGUUUACCGUGCAGCCGCUGUGGCAGGCGUAGUCACCAGGCCGAGGAGUGUCCCCAUAGGCGUGCGACGUGCUACGGCUGUGGCAAAGUGGGCCAUCUCAGGAACGUCUGCCGAGCGGUACACACGGUACUGGCAGACGACACGGAGCCGGAUGGCGACAUGUAUCAAGUAAACGCCACAAAUACUCCACACCGGGUUCCUGCCUACAGGACGACGGUGGAUGUCAAUGGAAGGCCGCUUGUGUUCGAGGUCGACACUGGAGCGAGCCGAACGAUCAUCAGCGAAUCUGUGUGGCGCUCAGAGCUGAAGAGCACCCCUCUGGAGCCGGGUCAAGUGGCGCUAACCACUUACACUGGAGAUGCACUGCCGGUGCGCGGUCAGCUGACUGGUGACGGCCCGUCACUUCUCGGCCGGGACUGGCUGGCCAAGCUGCGGCUACCGUGGAACGACAUAUUCAGUAUCGCAGCACCCCUGUGGGAUCUGCAGCAGCAGUACAGGGCGCUGUUCCAGGACGACGGUGGCACCUGCAAGCAGACUGUGAGUUUGGAUAUCGAUCCGUCGGUCUCGCCCAAGUUUUACAAGCCUCGGCCCGUCCCUCUUGCGCUGCAACCGCUGGUGAAUGCGGAGCUGGACAAACAGAUCGAACGGGGAAUUCUACGACCCGUUAAGACAGCGGAGUGGGCAGCGCCGGUCGUCACAGUGCUAAAGAAUGACAAGAGUUCGGUGCGUAUGUGCGGUAGCUAUGAUCUUACCGUUAACAAAGCCUCACGGGUGGAGCAGUAUCCGCUCCCUCGAAUCGACGAGCUGCUUACAAAGUUGGCCGGAGGCCAAAAGUUCACGCGCCUGGAUCUCAAGGAAGCGUACCUGUUGGUGCCCCUGGAUGAACAAAGUCAGCGCUACACCGAUAUCAACACUCACCGAGGCCUGAUGGCAGCCACACGCCUGGUCUAUGGAAUAGCAUCAGCUCCAGCGGCGUUCCAGCGCAUGAUGGAGCAGCUGCUGGCCGGCUUGCCGCACGUGGCCGUGUUCCUCGAUGAUGUGUGCAUCACGGGCCGCAACGAUACGGAGCACCGGCGCAAUGUGGACGCGGUGCUGCGGCGUCUGCUAGACGCUGGUCUACGGCUCAACCCGAGCAAGUGUCAGUGGAUGGCCAAGGAAGUGGAGUACCUGGGGUACCGGGUGGAUUGUAAUGGCAUCCACCCCACAGCAGCCAAAGUGACGGCGAUCGUGGAGGCACCGCGACCGGCGAACGUAAAACAGCUGAAGGCGUAUCUCGGCCUGCUCAUGUAUUAUUCAAAGUUCAUGAACAAUCUGGCCUCCGUGGCGGCGCCGCUCUACCGCCUCCUGAAGACGGGUCAGCCGUGGCGCUGGGGCCGGGCGGAGGACACGGCGUUCGCUCGCACCAAACAGCUGCUGGUGCAAGCGCCCUGCCUCGCUCACUAUGACGGGACCCUGCCGCUCGUGCUGUCGGUGGAUGCCAGCCCCUACGGGCUCGGGGCAGUGCUGUCCGAAGUGGACUGUUCCGGAAUGGAACGGCCAGUGGCGUAUGCAUCGCGGAGCCUGGCAGCAGCAGAAACCAACUACAGUCAACUGGACAAAGAAGGACUGGCGGUGGUCUUUGGAGUAAAAAAGUUUCACCAGUUCUUGUGCGGUCGGCACUUCACUGUGCAGACGGACCACAAACCUCUCCUGGGUCUGCUAAGCAGCGACAAGCCUCUGCCGCUGAUGGUAUCGCCCAGGGUGGCCAGGUGGCGACUCGCGCUGCAAGCGUACCAGUACAAGCUGGUGUACGCCCCCUCGGCACGGCAGGCUCACAGCGACGGACUGAGCCGCCUGCCCCUGGCAGUGUGCCCUGCUAGUGUUCUAGACCCCGGGGACAUUGUCUGUCUUCUUGAGUCGGUGGACCAGAUGAUCCGCAUCGAGCAGAUCCGUCGACGCACGAACUGUGACCCCGUUUUGUCGCGCGCAUAUCAGGCGGUGAUGAACGGUCGUUGGACGGAGCCAGUGGAUGAGGAACUUCAACCGUUCUAUCGGCGUCGCCUCGAACUCAGUGCUCAAAAUGGAGUGGUCCUGUGGGGUAACAGAAUCGUGUUGCCCACGGCCCUUCGGAAGCAGUGGCUCUCGCUUCUGCACGAAGGCCACCCUGGAGUGGUGGCCAUGAAAGCAAAGGCUCGCGCCCACGCGUGGUGGCCGGGCAUGGACGCAGCUAUCGAGUCGACGGUUGAGAGCUGUCAGGCCUGUCAGCUGAGCCGGCCGCGGGCACCUCCGGUGUCUGAGAGUCCGUGGCCGUACCCGGAUGCGCCCUGGGACCGCCUGCACAUGGACUAUGCGGGGCCAGUCCAUGGGAUGAUGAUCCUGGUCAUCGUGGACGCUCACUCGAAGUGGAUCUCAGCGUACCUGACACCGUCGGCUACAGCAGAAGCGACCAUUGAGCGGUUGCGGAUGGCGUUUGCGGAGCACGGUGUCCCUCGCGUGGUGGUGAGCGAUAACGCGGCGGUGUUCACGGGAGAGGCUUUGCGUCAUUUUCUAGCGCGUAAUGGAGUGCAGCAGGUGUUCUCCCCGCCUCUCCACCCCAAGUCGAACGGGCAAGGAGAAAGCGCCGUAAAGGUGAUCAAAACGGGGCUUCAGAAGCGGACUGAUGGAUCGCUGCAAACGCGUCUGAGCCGCGUUCUGUUCCAUUACCGGACGACACCCCAUUCAGCAACGGGAGUGACGCCCGCGGAGCUGCUCCAUGGGCGCCCGCUGGUCACUCACCUGGCGCGGCUGCAGCCGGACCGCGCCCUGCUCGACCGUGUCCGAGCCAAUCAGGAACGCCAAACGCUGGCCAACAACCGCCAUUCGGUUGCAGUGCGACAGUUUGCGCCCGGUGAUCUGGUUUAUGUGUCAGCAGUGGAUCAGAGGCCCUGGCAACCGGCCGUGGUGGCAUCUGUCUCCGGCAGUCAGUGUGAUGUGAGGCUGCCGGAUGGCCGUGUGUUCAGACGGCAUCUGGAUCACCUGCGAGCUCGGUCGGCCGAAGGCUCGCCGGUGGAAAGGGAGGUGUUGCCGGUUCCGGAUUGUUCUACGUCACUGUCUGAGAGCGUCGCUGGUCGAGCGAGUGCUGAUCGUGAGGGUGGCGGUGGUGUUGGAUCCCCCAGCUCACCCUCAGUGAGUGUGAGACGCUCACACCGCGAGCGAAGGGUGCCGCUUCGGCUGCUCGAGACGUAAACUGCACGGCACUAGUGGUAUAGUGCUAAUGCAGGUCUUUCCCCUGUGUGAUGUCAAUCGUUUUUUUUUUUGCAACAGCCACCGGUUUUAGUUCAGGAAUGUCUAGUCCUUUGUUGCUUACUGAUUUGGACUGCCUUUAUCUUACGGUGGAGGAGUGAUAUGUAUAACUGUGCGGGGUCGUCUACGCAGCGCUGGGGGGCGCCGGGCGGGUGUGAGCGUGGUGAGUCGGGGAAUAGAGCUCGGAACUGAAAGGUGUGUUUUGUCGGCUGUGAGGCCGGCCGGGCUGGUGGUGAUCUACGGACA